AUGAUCGCGACAACCUUUCGCCAUAGCCCGAUCAUCGCUGUCGAUAUGGCUUACUCCACCAAAACGACGCCUUCAACCACCACAAGCGUUAGCCCUGGCGUUAACAACGGCGUCGGCACUAACACAAGUGCCAUAGCUCCCGAGCUAAACGACUUCGAUUACUUCGUCAGUGUUUUACAAUUACCGGAUGGUAGAACAGAAAACCAGAUAGAGGACGACCUUGUGUCCAAAGCCAAUGCCCUCGGUAUCUCGAGUGCACCCGUUGCUGAUAACCGUAUCACAUCCAGCGUCGAGUCAGCUUCCACAGUCUACAACGCACGAACAUUUUCCAUGCUUUCCGGUGGUUCAACAAGCACCGCCUUAACCUCACACUCGUCAUUAUUUGGACCACCUACACCUGACCCAGCACCUUCGAGUGGUCGCCAAUCCAAGGAUUUAAGCUUUGCCCAAUACGAUCGAUACUUAUCUGUUAUUGAUCCUCACCAUAACCAUCCAAAGACCACGAGACAAUCGUUUGUGCCCGCCAACUCACCUCCCAGUAUCUUUAGUGGCAAGACGAAACGUAGUCUGUUCAGUGUCAAAUCAGGACUAAACAAAUUACGAUGGAAGAAAAAGUCUCCCCAACCAAUUCAGGCCGUCUUGUGCGUUGAGGCCCAACUUUCGACAGUUUCUAUCUUAUGCAAAGCUCAAUUCUGCUAUGCUUGCGGUGGCGUGUGGGAUACCACUACCGGAUGCCCAAACAAUUGUGGCCAACAGGAAGAGAUGGAACGAAGGAGAAGGGAUGAGCGGGCUCAGCUGGCUGAAUACACGGAGGAGAAAGCUGUCCAAGAAGCCGCAGCAGCGGCAGCCUCAGCCGAGCGACUUGAAGCUGAGGAGCGAACUCGUAACAAGGAGAACUUCUCUGAGAUGGCCAAGAUACAGCAGCAAGAAAUGGUUCGGUUCCUUGAAUUUUUUAAACAAGGUCGAGAGCACAUGCGAUCCAGAUUUAUCGAGAAGAGGAAGGCGACCUUGGAACGACACAUCGACGAGGAGGAAAAGAUGAAGGAAAAGCAUGUCAAAUCUGUCAGUCAGCUGGAAGAUCGACAGGUCGCUGCUGAAAUGGACCUUCGAAACACUCUGGAAGCAAGCGCGAGAAGUGUUAACAUUCGACUGAAGCAUAUGGAAGCUUACUGCGAUGGGCUAGGGCGCAACAGCGGAAGCUCAAGUCCGGAUUCAACAGGUACCCAGCCUCAUCGUGUGGUUACAGAACGUGAUCUUCGUGAAUUGGGUCAGCAGUACAACAUUCGCGAUGGCUUGGAAAGGUCACAUCAGGCUAAGAUUAACGUGAUGAGAGACCGCCAAGCCAAACGUAUGGAGGAGCUCAUCAAUCGACAAGAGACCGAGUACGAAGAUUUCCUCGAUCGGAACCGUGAGGAGUUCGACGAGUUGGCGGCACAGGCUGCGCACGAAGAAGAAAUGUUGGGCAGCACCUUUUCAGCACGAAAGGCCAAGCUUGUACGUCGAUGGGAGCUGGCUAUCGAAGUCCUAAGAAAGGAGCUGGAAGCCCAGGAUGGCGUCAAAUACGCACCUAUUCCUACGCCAGUAUGGCCCGAAGAGAGAGCACAGACUUUUUUUAACUCCACCAAGUGA